AUCAUCACUAUACUGACUAUCCAUCCCAUCUCGUGGUUCCAAGCCUCUUCGCGCCAAUUCUCCAUACAUACGACACUAGACAACUGCACCAUAUCCACAAAACUUCACAUUUCUAUCCUUAACAGCACAUACGAAACCAUGACGAUGAAGCGCAAGCGUUCCUCGGACGCCUCUCCAGUCUCGAUCUCCAGUUUCUCGACGCGCGAGACUCAAUCGCCCACACCGUUUCCACAGACCUCCAACGCACAUGGCUGGAAUUUUACAAACGCAAGUCGCGUCAAGAGCGGCGAAUGGGGCAAUAGGACGUGCAAGCGCGUUCGAGACAACCGGCCUGAGGAGCGCGUCAUCCAUGAUGUAGAAAACACUCUCGACAAACUCUUUGCAGCACAGCGUAGUCACCCACACGCCGCGCCAAUAUCCUCCGAUGCUCUACCCGCGCAACAGCCUACUCUAGUCAUCUCUAAACCGCAAACAUCGACACUACACUCUUUCUGGAAACAGUUGCCUGCACCACCCGUUCAAACACCGAUAUUUACCUCCGAAUUACAGCUCUAUCCAACAGUGGUACAGUCGCCACGCUGCGACGACUGCGAAUCGCCAUUACAGAGCGAAGGCGAUGGUAUGGAUGUUGACACGGAUGUGGGUGGCGCUGUAGAGUGCAACCCAUUCGCCUGCAGUGACUGUGGGAAGAAUGUUUGUGGAAUUUGUGCUGUAGUAUCAACUACACGGCAUUGCUUGCAGUGUGCGACGACAGGGAGAAAUUCAAGGCGUUGGUGGUAG